AUGAAGCAUCCUGUGUGCAAGACCUACGAAGAAGCCAUGGAGGUGGUGAGAUCAACCGAGCAUGAAGUGCUUGAGAUGCACUCGCACUGUCUGUUUACUCUCAACAACAUGACGUCUCUGUGCAAUCGGCUGAAAACCAACAGGAACCUUGUCAUCCUUAUCCUUGGAGGUCUCGGACUGGGAAGCUCAGCAGGAAAGGAACUCGGAGUAGCGCUGCGGACGCAUCCUGUACUGCAAGAGCUGCACCUGCACAACAACAAGCUCGGCUACGAGGGGGUUCAACUCUUGUCCGAAGCGCUCAUCAGCAGCAAGGAGGUGAACGAGGCUCCCAACAGGCUGCUCAAGGUGCUUGUCCUCCGCAACAACGACAUAGGAAGGCACUGCAGCAGCAUGUGCAAUCUCUGUCGCUUCGCUCCUGAUUUCCCUUGCGCGCUCCUGCAAGUGACAUGUCUGCAAGUGAUCGACCUCAACGCCAACAGGAUAGAAGUUCUCCCCCUCCAGCUGUCCCUCAUGCCUAACCUCCUUGCUCUCGAUGUCCGAGGAAAUCCUAUCGCCAACGUUCCCAUGGAUGUGAUGUUAACAGCAAGGAAAGGGCAUCAGGCGGGUUGGCCGAGCUUGAAAGAGUGGAUGAAGGAGGAGCUGCAGAAAGAAGCCUCGUCCUCUUCACCAGCAGGGUCGAUCUUGAGCAUGGACUACUAG